AUUAAACUAUCAACUAACAACCAUCUGGCUGUACUUUCUUUAUGGAUUCUUUUAUUUUUUUGCGCAAUAAUACGACCUUUAUUGCUUCCUUCAUUCAAGCAAACCAAUAAGAAAGUCCAGACAGGACGGACUUCGGAUGCAUGAUAAAUUGCUCAUAUUCUGUCAUUACUCCUGUAGAAGCAAUGGAUGUUGAAAAAAGGACAAUCCAUAAUCAGAAGGAAGAAAUAAUUGAGAGAGAGGACUUGGAUGAGCCGCAGAAAGAGGCCGAGGUUCAGAGGAGACUUCAACCAUGGAAGAAGCAGAUCACUGUCCGAGGUGUCAUUGCCAGCAUAAUCAUAGGGACCAUCUACACCAUCAUAAUUAUGAAGCUGAGCCUUACCACGGGGAUCAGCCCCAACCUUAAUGUCUCAGCUGCUCUUCUUGCGUUCAUUAUUGUCCGUACAUGGACAAAGCUGGUUCGAAAGAUUGGACUAGUUUCAGUUCCCUUCACGCAGCAGGAGAACACUCUGAUACAAACUUGUGCAGUUGCAUGUUACAGCAUUGCAGUGGGAGGCGGUUUUGGUUCUUAUCUGUUAGCUCUAAAUAAGAAGACAUAUGAGCAGGCAGGAGUAAGCACUGCGGGAAAUCCUCCGGGCAGCUACAAGGAACCUGGGAUUGGUUGGAUGACCGGUUACCUCUGUGCAAUUAGUUUCAUUGGUCUUUUUGUGUUGAUUCCACUCCGAAAGAUCUUGAUAAUAGACUACAAAUUGACCUUUCCAAGCGGCAUGGCAACUGGUGUUCUGAUCAAUGGAUUUCAUUCAAUGGCUGACAAGAUGACGAAAAAGCAAGUACGGGGUUUCACGAAGAUGUUCUCUUUGAGUUUCCUAUGGGGAUUUUUUCAGUGGUUUUAUUCUGGUCAAGGACAAUGCGGAUUCUCACAGUUUCCUACAUUUGGAUUGCAAGCUCAGAGGCAAACGUUCUACUUUGAUUUUAGCUUGACUUAUGUGGGAACUGGAAUGAUAUGUCCUCACAUCGUGAACUUGUCUAUGCUUCUUGGCUCGGUGCUCUCAUGGGGCAUAAUGUGGCCACUCAUCAGAAAGCAAAAGGGAGAUUGGUUUCCUGCAGCACUACCAGAAGACAGUAUGAAAAGUCUUAGUGGUUAUAAGGUCUUCGUCCCCAUUGCUCUCCUUUUGGGUGAUGGACUAUACAACUUCAUCAAGAUAACUGGUAUGACCCUUUCGAGCAUGUACGUCAAGUUUAAAGAGAGAAAAAUCAGAUCAGGGGAAAGUAAAAAUAACAACGCCAUUGAUGAUCUGAAACAAGAUGAGUUCUUCAUCAGAGAAAGCAUUCCAACGUGGAUAGCACCAUGCGGGUACAUCACACUGGCAAUCGUUUCAGCAAUUGCCAUUCCCUCGAUCUUUCCUGCUCUUAAGUGGUACUAUGUUGUCGUAGCAUACAUUUUUGCUCCGUCUUUAGCUUUCUGCAAUGCUUAUGGAGCUGGUUUGACGGAUAUAAACAUGGCCUACAAUUAUGGUAAAGUAGGGCUUUUUCUGAUUGCUGCAUUGGUUGGAAAAGAACACGGUGUUGUGGCAGGAUUAGCUGGGGCAGGUCUCAUCAAGUCGGUCAUCUCUGUUUCUUGUAUUCUGAUGCAAGAUUUUAAAACAGGACAUCUAACAUUUACGUCCCCCAGAGCAAUGUUUUUGAGCCAGGCAGUUGGCACAGCUAUAGGCUGUGUGGUUGCACCCCUCUGCUUCUACUUGUUCUAUAAAGCAUUUGAUGUUGGAAACCCAAACGGCGAGUAUAAGGCCCCCUUUGCCAUUAUUUACAGAAACAUGGCCGUUCUUGGAGUUGAAGGCUUUUCAGCAUUGCCAAAACAUUGCCUGCAUCUCUGUUACGGCUUCUUUGCCUUGGCAGUUGGCAUCAAUGUAGUGAAAGAUCUUUCUCCGGCGAGGAUCGGAAAAUGGAUGCCAGUGCCAAUGGCUAUGGCACUGCCCUUCUUAGUUGGGGCUUACGUCGCAAUUGAUAUGUGCAUUGGAAGUCUGGUUGUGUUCGUGUGGCACAAACUUAACUCCGCGAAGGCGGAGCUGAUCGUUCCAGCGGUUGCUUCAGGAAUGAUAUGUGGUGAAGGCCUGUGGAUACUGCCUGCAUCAGUUCUUGCCUUGGCCAAAGUCAAACCACCCAUUUGCAUGAAAUUCUUGGUUUCUAAGAGUUAGACAGAAUAAAUUGCAUUUUUUUUUCCUUCAAAAAAAUGUCCAACAGAUAAAGGAUCUAACUCCUGAAUUGAACCCAUCACGGAAAAUUAAUCUCUCAUUGUUUCCAUUUAGACAUGGUGGUUUCUCCUUGAAUAUAUCAGAUAUAACAAUCGAAGUUUUACUUUAGUAUCA